AUGGCUGCGCCCAUGGGCAGGUGGAACACAUGAACUCAGAGCCAUAACGAUCCGUGUGCGAUCGGUCUUUAAUUUUCUAUCGUAUCGCUCGUGGAUGGACUCACACACUACCUCUGCACCACGGGGGUCGGCCCCCGAAAACCACUCCUCCAUGGAGACCCCAGGGGCCCCUGAGGACCACUCCCCCGGGGCCCCUGGUAACUCCUACUCCAUGGAGACCCCGGGGGCCCCUGAUGAACACUCCCCCGGGGCCCCUGGUUACCCCUACUCCAUGGAGACCCCGGGGGCCCCUGAUAUCCCAUCCUCCAUGGAGACCCCCGGGGACUCGGGGGAUCCGUUCUCACGGUGGAAGUUGCUGGCCUUACGCAAGGUGGAUGUUAGUAAGAAAGGAAGCGUGGAUCCAGAUAUCGCAGACACCGUGCGAUUCAUCAACCUGCGAGAUUCUUACUUUACCACCAGCUCAUGCUCGGGCAGAAUUAUCCUGCUGGACGAGAACCCUGAUAUUUCUACAAUACAGAAAAAGAACUGUUCCUGGCUGUUUGUAACCCAUCAACUCUGUAAGACUGAAGAUGUGGUGGAAGGUCUUCAGAAGGCUGUCGGCAAUGCCGUUCUGAAGUUUGAACCGUUUGUUCUUCACGUCCAGUGUCGUUCGUUGGAAGAUGCACAGCUCCUACACAGUGUGUCAAUAAAUUCUGGAUUUAGAAAUUCUGGAAUCACUGUUGGCAAGAAAGGCAGGAUUAUUAUGGCUGUCCGAAGCACCCAUUGUUUGGAAGUCCCACUGUGCUUUAAAGGGAAGUGUUUGGUUAGUAAUGAAUAUAUUACACAUGUUGUCCAAACUGCAAAUCAAAAGAUGGAAGAAAAUUUUCGUAGAAUUGCAAGGUUUCACAGUAGCCUUGUACAUGCAUUACAAAAUAAAGAGAAUACAAGCAACUGCGAGAUGCCACCUGCAAGCUCAGUAUACACACGCCGCAGGAGGAGGAACAAAGCAGAGAACCGCAAAUCAGACUGUUCCUCAAAUGUAGAGGAGGAAUGUGACGAUCCUGAGGAAUUGAUAACACUCUAUGAUGCCUGUUGAAAAAACACCAGGACUAAUACUUUUGACAUCCUGAAACACGUUCACUCUGCAAAAAAUAAAUGCGUAUAUAUUUACAACUAUAUAUAUAACCAAACACCUAAAUGGGACCGUGUUUAAUCCUACAAAUGUUAAUACAGCAAAACUGAAGACUGAAUUUUUAUU